UUCGUCCGAUUUGACUCCCCUGUGACAUGCGCACAACGUCCAUCAUUCCGCGAUCCGCAGGUCAAAGUUUUCGAGGCGGUAGUAGUAGCCUAUAGUGAAACCGGUAGGAAGGAACGUUUCUAUCAGUAUCGACAAGGGAGGUGCAGAUAAUGGGUCGAUAUGAAUCACCACUACAUAUUUGAUUUUGAUUGACUUAAAGUUUUAAUCUACAUGUGAACUUUCCGGGACUACUGAUACAAAGUAUCACUGAAGUAUCGCUGCCUCGUCGUCGCGUGUGGAUCACUGUUGACUGUUUUGUUUAUUUUGUUGUUUUCCGUCUGUUUUCUAAUAACAUCGAACUCCUCGGUGCAUUUUGUUGUUGUUUAGUGUACUUUAGUUUAGUGUUGUAUAAAACGAAUCGCGAAGGUUUCAGCUGGUUUCUUCAGACGUCGAUGUGACAAUUAGCAGAAAUGUCAGACAAGGUUGUCAGACCUGCUUCCCCCUCUCCUUCUAUCUCGCUCCUGGAGAUAAAAGCGGAGACGCGUUUGGUGCUAAAGUCUCUCCUUCGUCAUUCUCUCUCUAUUGCUCAAGGAGAGCGACCCGGACGGAUAGGAGGUGCAUACAAAGACCCUAAUAAAUUCAGUGCCACUCUUAAAGAGAAGGGAAAGAAAGAUGCAAAUGGCUGGGACUCUUUGGAUGAGGAGAUCAGUGCUGCAGAGGAGAAGAAACAUGGAAUUAAAGAUUUAAUAAAAAGGAGACUGAAGCCCCGUUCAUCCAUGAUCCAUCGUGCAAAGAAAGACGGCAGCACUGGCUCGACUCAAAUCAACCCCCUGCAGAAAAAGCCUCAGUCUGGACAUUUAGAUAUACCUUUGAGUUUAACUGGGAAAUCAGAGGAAGAGAGAUUAUCUCCAUCCUCUGCAUCUGAGGAGGAAGGUGACAGAAAAGGAGCAGAAAAGCAGAAGAAAAAGAAGAAGAAGCUGACAUUUUCUGAAAUUCUCAAAAAAGUGUCAUUCAAAAAAGAAGAGCCACGACCACAACGGCCGGACUCACUGGCUUUCAAAGGUGCUGCAGGUUUUCCAGAACCUGCAGAACCAGCUGUUUCACCCUCCCAUCCUCCUGAAUUCUAUGAUGGUGUGGCAGACACUCUGGGAAGAAUCGCACAGAAACACAGUUCACAAAGGAAAUCUCCUGUUAAACCAGGGCCUGUGUCAAUUGCAUCAGAAGGCAAAAGCAAAGAGACCGUGGUUCAACAGCUAGUUCAGAUAUUGACGUCAGAGGGAGAUGCUAUCAAUGAUAAGAUAAGCGCAAACCCAUUCCUUCGCUCCACCCUCACUCGGCUCUCCUACCCAUCCUUUGCCAAACUCCUCGACGCUUACGCCAGUCAGAGCGAGGAACCGCCCCUUAAUGCCCCGGUUAGCCCUACACUGCGCCGCCUCGCCAUCACUAUGGACGCGUCUCGACGAGUCAUCACAGCAACCGGAGCUCAGCGUUUGACAGGGCACGCUCAACGCUACAUGGAGAGCUUUGCACCCUGGGUCAGGAGUCAUGGAGGAUGGGAAAACGUUGUACACUUGGAUGACAACCUGGAGUACGAUUGACCUAAAGUAAAAAAUGCCCUGCUGAUCAUGUAGCACAACCUCUAUGAGGAAAAGCAGAACUGAACAUCCACGUGAACUGACACUAUUGAGCAUUACGUUUUCGUGCUGAUGUAUUUAUUAUUUUUUACUUCCCAUGUUGUGAAUUUUUAUUGUGCAGUUUUAUACCAAAAUACAUGGUGCCAAACAUC